CUCAUUCGUGUCCUUUCUUCACACAUUUAUUCACUCUCUCUCUUAAACCAUAAUCCUAAAUCCUAACACAAUUAUUUUAUUUUAUUUUUAUUAAAUUAAGAGUUUAUUACAAAAAGAAAUAUGGUUUGCAAUUACCAGGUUGCCAUGAUUUGGUGUGCUCUAUUAGUGGUGCUAGUAGAAAUGUUUAACCCUUCAAUGGGAGCACUAGUAGAACAGCAACCGUUGAUUCUAAAAUAUCACAACGGUCAGCUCCUAAAAGGCCGCAUCACCGUUAAUCUUUUAUGGUACGGUAGCUUCACGCCAAUCCAACGCUCCAUAAUCGUGGACUUCAUAAACUCCCUCAGCUCCUCCACUACAGUCCCACUUCCCUCCGUGGCAUCUUGGUGGAAGACCACGGAGAACUACAAAGGAGGAUCAGGAUCCUCUGUGCUAGUCGUAGGGAAACAAAUUCUACACCCGAGUUAUUCACUCGGAAAGUAUUUAAAAGGAACACAACUUCUCUCACUCGCUUCCACUUUUAAUAACCCCUCCAAUGCUAUCAAUGUUAUUCUAACCGCUAAGGAAGUUGCUGUUGAAGAUUUUUGUAGUCGAUGUGGGACCCACGGCUCCAUUAGGCCCGUUAAUGGAAAGAACCGAACCGCCUAUGUUUGGGUUGGUGAUUCGGAGGCCCAAUGUCCAGGUCAAUGCGCGUGGCCCUUUCACCAGCCCAUUUACGGCCCACAAACACCGCCGUUAGUUUCUCCCAACAACGACGUUGGAAUUGACGGAAUGAUCAUUAACCUUGCAACUCUAUUGGCUGGUACUGUUACGAAUCCGUUUAAUAACGGUUACUUUCAAGGUCCUGCAACGGCGCCGUUAGAAGCCGUUUCGGCUUGUACUGGAGUGUUCGGCAGUGGGGCGUAUCCGGGUUAUCCGGGUCGGGUUAUAGUGGAUAAGGUCACGGGUGCGAGCUAUAAUGCGCAUGGGGUGAACGGGAGGAAGUAUUUGUUGCCGGCAAUGUGGGACCCGCAGACGUCGAGUUGUAGAACGCUGGUGUGAGUGAAGAUGAUGGAGGUGGCUCGCAAAGAUGCUUUUGUCGUUUAGUUUGACGUGUAAAUUCUUUUUCUGUGAAGUCUGAAUGGGAAGAACCAUAUUCUAAAUAUGGAUAAACGUAAACAAUGGAAAAAGAAAUAAUAUCAUUGUACUACUAUUUAUUUAUGGAUAUAUCAUGUACUAUGUCUAUUUUUCUUCUAAAUUUAUUUUAAAAAACGGAUGGUUGAGAUCGGACUUCAAAGUGUUUUUUCUUUCUUAGUACUUGCCUUGGAAUUAUGAGAAAUUAUUUAUA